AUGCUUACUGCUUUCAGAAAUGCUGUUCCUCGUGCUCAGCUUUUGAAGGUAAAUAUUCCAAAAACCACUUAUACUCAAUUGAGUAAACGUUUCCUCGCUACCGACUCAUUUUUACAAGGAAACAACUCCACCUAUGUUGAUGAAAUGUACGAUGCCUGGAGACACGAUCCUUCCAGUGUCCAUGCUUCUUGGAAUGCUUACUUCAAGAACAUUGAAAACGACAAUGUCCCACCAUCAAAGGCUUUCCAAGCUCCACCAACCAUUGUUCCUACUGUUUCUGGAGGUGCCGCCGGAUUUUACCCUGGUCAAAGUCCAAUUUCUGAAGACGUUGUCACCCACUUGAAGGUUCAAUUAUUGGUACGUGCUUACCAAGUUAGAGGACACCAAAAGGCAAAAAUUGAUCCAUUGGGAAUUUCCUUUGGUGACAAUGCUACUGUUCCUAGAGAAUUGACUUUAGAAUACUAUGGUUUUACCGACAAAGAUUUAGACAAAGAAAUCACCUUGGGUCCUGGUAUUUUGCAUAGAUUUACCCAAGAUGGUAAAAAGAGCAUGACUUUAAGAGAAAUCAUUGACACCUGUGAACAAACAUACUGUUCUUCUUAUGGUGUUGAAUAUGUUCAUAUUCCAUCUAAGGAAAAAUGUGAUUGGUUGAGAGACAGAAUUGAAGUUCCUCAACCUUACAAGUAUUCUCCAGACCAAAAGAGACAAAUUUUGGAUCGUUUGAUUUGGGCCACCUCCUUUGAAGCCUUUUUGUCCUCCAAGUUCCCUAACGACAAGAGAUUUGGUUUGGAAGGUGCCGAAGCCGUUGUUCCAGGUAUGAAAUCAUUAAUUGAUACUUCUGUCGAAUACGGUGUCGAAGAUGUUGUCAUUGGUAUGCCACACAGAGGUAGAUUGAAUAUGUUGUCCAAUGUUGUUCGUAAACCAAACGAAUCCAUCUUUUCUGAAUUCACUGGUUCCAAAGAAUUUGAUGAAGGUUCUGGUGAUGUUAAAUACCAUUUGGGUAUGAACUAUGCUAGACCAACCACAUCCGGUAAACACGUCAACUUGUCUAUUGUUGCUAACCCAUCCCAUUUGGAAGCCGAAGAUGGUGUCGUUUUAGGUAAGACCCGUGCCAUCCAACAAUACAAGAAUGAUAUUGGUAACUUCAAGAAGGCCAUGGCUGUUCUUUUGCAUGGUGAUGCCGCUUUUGCUGCCCAAGGUGUUGUUUAUGAAACCAUGGGUUUCGCUAGUUUGCCAGCUUACUCCACUGGUGGUACUAUCCAUGUUAUUGUCAACAAUCAAAUCGGUUUCACUACCGAUCCAAGAUUUGCCAGAUCUACUUUGUACCCAUCUGAUAUUGCUAAAUCAAUUGAUGCCCCAAUUUUCCACGUUAAUGCUGACGAUGUUGAAGCUUGUACUUUUGUUUUCAACUUGGCAGCUGAAUGGAGAGCCACUUUCCACACUGAUUGUAUUAUUGAUGUUGUUGGUUACAGAAAGUACGGUCAUAAUGAAACCGAUCAACCAUCUUUCACUCAACCACUCAUGUACCAAGAAAUUGCCAAGAAGAAAUCUGUCAUUGACAUUUACGAAAAACAAUUGAUCAACGAAGGUACUUUCACUGCUGAAGAUAUCCAAGAACACAAGAAAUGGGUCUGGGACGUCUUGGAAGAUAACUUCAAGAAAGCUAAAGAUUAUAAACCAACUUCUAGAGAAUGGUUAACCACUCCUUGGGAAGAUUUCAAGUCUCCAAGAGAAUUGGCCACCGAAGUUUUACCACACUUGCCAACUGCCGUUGACGAAGGUAUCUUGAAAAAGAUUGGUAAAGCUAUUUCUGAAACCCCAGAAGGUUUUGAAGUGCAUAGAAACUUGAAACGUAUCUUGAAUGCUAGAAAGAAGAGUGUUGAAACCGGUGAAGGUAUUGACUAUGCCACUGGUGAAGCUCUUGCUUAUGGUUCUUUAGCCCUUGAAGGUUACCACGUCAGAGUUUCUGGUCAAGAUGUUGAAAGAGGUACUUUUUCACAAAGACACGCUGUUUUACAUGACCAAAACAGUGAAUCCACCUGGACCCCAUUGUCUAACUUGGCUGAAGAUCAAGGUGCUUUCAACAUUUCCAACUCUUCUUUGUCUGAAUAUGGUGUUUUAGGUUUCGAAUAUGGUUACUCCUUGACUUCCCCAGAUGCUUUGGUUGAAUGGGAAGCCCAAUUUGGUGAUUUUGCCAAUACUGCUCAAGUUGUUAUUGAUCAAUUUGUUGCUGGUGCCGAAUCUAAAUGGAAACAAAGAUCUGGUGUUGUUUUGUCCUUGCCACAUGGUUACGAUGGUCAAGGUCCGGAACAUUCUUCUGCCAGAAUUGAAAGAUACUUGCAAUUGUGUAACGAAGAUCAACGUUAUUUCCCAUCUCCAGAAAAAUUAGAACGUCAACACCAAGAUUGUAACAUGCAAGUUGCUUACCCAACCACCCCUGCCAAUAUUUUCCAUCUUUUGCGUCGUCAAAUGCACAGAGAAUUCAGAAAGCCAUUGAUUGUCAUUUUCUCCAAGUCAUUGUUGCGUCAUCCAUUGGCCAGAUCCAAUUUAUCUGAAUUCACUGGUGAUUCACACUUCCAAUGGAUCAUUGAAGAUGUUUUGGGUGAAAAAUCUGAAGUUAAGAGAGUUGUUUUGUUGUCUGGUCAAGUUUACGCUGCUUUGCACAAGAAGAGAGCUGCUUUGGAAGACAAGACCACUGCAUUCAUCAAGGUUGAACAAUUGCAUCCAUUCCCAUAUGCUCAAUUACGUGAUGCAUUGAACGAAUAUCCAAACAUUGAAGAUUUGGUUUGGACUCAAGAAGAACCAUUGAACAUGGGUGCUUACAACUAUGUUGCUCCAAGAAUUGAAGCUGUCUUACAAGAAACUGAAAAUUACAAAGAUUUGAAAUUAAGAUACGCUGGUAGAGACCCAAGUGCUUCUGUUGCUGCUGGUUCUAAAUCCAUGCAUGUUGCCGAAGAAGAAGAAAUCAUUGCCCAAACUUUUCAAUAA